AUGUGUAGCAGAAGUCCAACCUAUUGUGGUUAUAAUCUUUGUUGCUGUGCUUCUACUAAUUGCUAUAAUGAACUACGUAAUCACUUCCUUCGAGGCAUUCUUCAACUCAAAAGAGGUGUAAUUUGUGAUGUCUAUCGUCAACAAUGGAUAGGAAAUAGUCGUUCUAAAGGUUUAAACAGAUCAUCCUAUCCGACAUCCGAACAAUUAUACAGACGUACCGAUUGUAGCGCAUGUGUCUCGCUGGUUGAUGAAGAAGGUGUAGAAAUGAGCUGUGCUGAAGAUCUUGGUAAUGUUUGUCGUAGUAUGGAUCUACUUGUUGGUGGUCCUAUAGUAUGCAGUGGAAAUGGUGAUUGCUGCUGUCAGGGAGAAAACUGUUCAGAAGCAUUACGGAAUUUCUAUUCAGGUCAUCAAAAAGUAUUGGGAACACCGCAAAUGUUUGCAGUAUUAAGCAGUGCUCAUUGUCUAUAUUCCAAUUCACUAAUUAUUGCGGUUUGCUUAUCUAUAACUGUUCUUUUAGGACAAUGGUUUCAUUCUCAAAUGUCAUCACUGCAUUCUCCGUUGAAAGGGAAGAGUCUGAAUCCAGAAUUUCUCUCUGAAUUUCAAUUAUAA